AUGAGAUCAGCUACGCCACGGCCAAGAUACAUGAAAUAAUAGUUCUAUGGGUGACAACAUCUUUCAUCUUCAGUCUUUUCACGCCCUUCCAAUCAACGACACAGUCAAGUAGCUCAACAUACACCCAUCAACAGAAUGACGGUGCACAGAUGGUCAUUUUCAGGCAGGCCCAUGGUUCGCCAUGGCCUGUCACAGGCCGACCACCUCUUGUCAUCCACUCUGGGUUCCAUCACCACAGACUUCCCUCAUCUGAGACAUCGGAGCAAUCUCAACGCUGUCUUGACGAAGCACUUUGACCAGGAACAAGAACCUCGACAACCACGGCCCGCACAGUCAACAACGGCUCAAGAGCCAGCUGUAUCUCGGCAGCCUGAAGCAGUAGACCGAUUGUCACCUAGCAUCCCAACCACGACGUCCACAGUGUCUGGGGAUUACGGGCUCGACUUCUUCGACUGCCGCCCCUCAACCGAGCUGCGUGGCACAAGCCUCUUGCAGGCACCAAAGCGGGCAACAGACGAGCUUGAAAGCCUGUCUGACAUCCUGAACGCCCAUCACGAAGAUAACGAGCGCGCUCGUAGCUCUUCAUCAUCAUAUCGCUCUGAGAAUCUCCCCUCGCCUGCCCCCGGACAGUGCUCCUCUCCUCAGCCAACCACUUACACUAUGAGCAUCGGCUCGAACCAGACAGCCUACACGAACAUUCCGUCAGAUGUUGGCUCGUACCUCGAUGCCCUGUACUCGGAGAAGCACGCCAUGGAUGUGUCACAGGGCCGACCAACACUGAUGGACGAACUUGCCGCUGCAGCAACGGCAAUGGAGACUUCCACCACACAUACAACCAGCAUCUUGGAUCUGGCUGGGAGUUCAAUUGACUUUCAACCAUCUCGCAGCGGGACCAGGAGCACCGAAGUAGAUGCCCUGUACCUGCAGACGAGAUCCAAGAUCUCUUCGCAUGGAGCAAAUAGUCGGCGUGAGAGAAGUUCAGAAGGCAGUGCACUGCCCUCCACAGCCAAUCUUAUCUGGCUUCUGUACGACAAUAGCUUCUUACGAGAGGUGCCCGAAAGAGAAUCAGUGAAGGAAUUGCUGGCGGAAGUGACAGACGACAUGAACCAUACCAACUUCCUCCCCGAGAACCCCAGGCGGGAAUCGGAUGCAAUUGUCGGUCAAUGGCACGAUGCCGAUAAGUUGUCAAUGAACCAGCAUCAGCUCAAGGCAAACGCCGCCAUUUGCUGCAACGCGGCUGUAUCUUCAGUUUCUGAUGAUCGCGAUAGCAUGAUAGAUGAGUUGCCGCCGCUCACGAAAGUCAACCAUCAUGUUUCGAGUUCUGAGUACGUUGCCACGGAUUUUGGCCAUAGCGGCAUCAAGGCAUGGGUCAAAUAUGCUUUGUGCCGAACCAAGGUUUAUUGCAAAAUGCGGUUGGGACGGCAGCCAUCUGCAGAAUCGGCGAAGAACCUGGUGCUGUUCAAGACGUUUCGCAUUCUGAAACAGUCUCGGGUUGCAAGCGAGCGAAAACCGAGAAAGUGCUCUUUCGCCAGAUCUUUGAGGCUUGAUGUGAGGACCUGGGCAUAGAGAACCCCGGAUAACUCUGCAGACGACUCUAUGAAAGCAAGGGAAGGGAGCAACUACCGCCGAGCUGUCUCUUGCCCGGCGCAGACCAGCCAAGUCAAUCUCUGAUCCUCAAUGGGUCUGAGCUAAAGACCCCUGUUCAAUUGACUCUUUCAGGCUAAACCUCUUCGCCAAUACAUGGCUGCCGCGAGGUCCUUGCGGGAGAAACGUAUGGAAAGGCCACGAAGUACAGCCCGGGGACUCGCGGAGAAUUUCCAAGGGUCCAUUAGCCAUUUAGCAGCAACACGCCCGACUACUUUCCGCCCCUUUCGAGCUUAACAAGGG